CGCUGCCCAAUGUGGGGACGAGGUUGGGAAUUCAAACUGACAGGCCGGAGCGUGGACGUUAACGGCGGCCGCGGCGGGGGCCCGGCCCGGCGGCGGCCGCGCCAUGUCGGCCAGCGGCUGCACCUUCGAGGACCGGAGCGUGGCCGUGCUGUGCUGCCGCUUCUGCCAGCAGGUGCUGAGCUCGCGGGGCAUGAAGGCCGUGCUGCUGGCGGACACCGACGUCGACCUCUACUCCACCGACAUCCCUCCCUCGGGUACCGUUGACUUUAUUGGAAGCUGCUAUUUCACUGAAAUCUGCAAAUGCAAACUGAAGAACAUCGCGUGUUUAAAAUGUGGUAACAUUGUAGGUUAUCACGUGAUUUCUCCAUGCAAACCUUGCCUGCUGUCCUGUAAUAAUGGCCACUUCUGGAUGUUUCAUAGCCAAGCAGUCCUUGGCAUCAACAGACUAGAUUCUUCUGGUGUGAAUGUAUUGCUCUGGGGCAACUUGCCAGAUUUGGAGGAAAGCACAGAUGAAGAUAUGUCAUGCAUCUCUGAGGAGGAGUAUAUCAGAUAAACAUUAUCUACAGUAUACUUCAGUGUCUUCCCUUGUUAUGUUGCAUUAAUGUUUCUUUUGGGUGUUUUUUUGUUUUCUGUUUUCCCACUGGCCCAUCAGAUCUCAAAAAUAUAGGAAACUAAGUAAUCUGGAAAACAAUCCUAAAGAUAGAUAUCUUUUUCACUGUAGUCUCUCAGGCUCUUGCUCCUGCCUGUGUGUAUCAUUCUGAUCAAAGACACUCCCCCAGUCAGAUCCAUCUCUUUCAUACCUGCCAUCUGCAUGUCCAGAUAGAGUUUCUGAAGUCUGGUUUGUUCUUUCUUUGAAGUUGCAAUAGUGGAUAUUUUUUACCUGUACUUUUUUCUUCUUUCCUAAAACAAUGUUAAUGGGGCCAAGUCUUUCCGUCACUAUAAACACAGCUUAAAAAUAUUGAGACAUAGUCAGUCUGGUUGACUAUGAUGCUCUGAAAGAACUUUGCUUUUGAGAUCACAGAUCCUUGCCUAGAACUUCCUUUCUGAGUAUACAGAGCUGCUGAACUAGUGGCUUAAAGUACAGGAGCUUUGGCUCUAUGGUGUGGCGCUCUUGCUUUUAGCGCUUGGUUUUUUAAGCAUUUAAGGCAUACUAGGAUACUCCUGAAUGUGGGACUGGGGAGCCACUAUACUGAGUCUUCCUGUCUUUGUCUUUCAGGACCUGUACAAUCAUGUUUUGAUAGAGAUCAGAUUCAUUUUUCUUGAUGGACCUUUAAUACUGAAGUUAGUUAAUGCCUAAUGUAACUUAAGGAUUACACUAGAGUUUUCAUUAAUGUCAGCAAUAAAAUCCAUCCAGCUUUCUAUGUUUUUUCCUUAAAGGAUAGAAAUACCUCCAAAAGACAAUUCAAUGAUGUGAAUGGGUGUCUUCCUAGAGAGAGGAAAAAAAAGUUGGAUAUUCAGUGUUCAUGCCUAGCCUUACAUACUGCAGCAUACAACCUGAUUCCUGUAAAAGUAGUGAUUAUCUGAGUUAUUACAGUCAUAGUAUUUAAUUUAUUAUUCCUUCAGGUGACUAGCUGAAGGGGACAUCUUUAGAAAAUUAAAGCUACAAUCAUAAGAACAGAAUAUAUUUUUAAGCUCAGACUGAUGCUGAAAAAAUCACUGUUUAGCCUCUUGUGCUAUUUUGAAGAGCUGUGGCAAAGGCUGAAUUGUGUUAUUUUUACUGUAUAUUAUGUAUUUCUUAAUCAAUGGUACUACCUCUUCUGCAUUAUGUAUUUGUAUGUGUGCAUGUGUAUAGUUUCUUCUUUGUGUAUAUAUGCCAUGUUUUAACUUCCUGUGUUAUAUCUGCUCAUUAAAUGAGUUUCAGACUAA